AUGGGCAUGCAGUUGUCCUACACUGUCAUUCCUGGCUCUAUCUUUGCUGGCCUCACUUGUGAUUUUUCUAUCCCUUGCGUCAACGUUGUCAUCAUGAUGCUGAUGGUGGCGGCGCAGCUAUUUGCUGUCCUGCUGGCUCUUCCUGGCCUUCUUGCAGAACAAUUAUCACCUGAUGUCACUUGCGAUGAGGACAGCGUGAAGGCGGCGGCGAGCCUUGCCGUCCAGCAUAUCAACAAGCAUCACAAGCACGGCUUCAAGUUCAAGCUGCAGGAAGUCCAGAGCAGCAAAUAUCAACAGUUUUCUGGUGGUUGCCACAUUGAUGUGAACAUGAAGCUGGUGCAGACCAUGUGUCACUUCACCAACCCCAAACCGCUUGAGGAAUGUCCACUGUGGCGAAGGGACCAGCGGGGUGGGACGGCCGCCUGCAGCGUGGAGUUUUGGGUCAUGUGGGACAUUGCCAAAAUCACCAAAUAUGACUGCACCACACGACCAGAGCGCACAAAUGAUGAGAUGCAGCUGAUUUGUCCAUCCUGCCCCAAAUUGUUACCUCUGAACGACCCAAUUGGAGUGAGAGCUGUGGAGCAGGCGGUGCACCGCUUCAACCAGAAGAGCAGAGAACAAAGUUACUUCACCUUACUGGAAGUGGCUCGGCUGACUAGCUGGGACGUGGCAUCCAUUGGCAACAUUACCUGGCUUAAGUUCGCGCUUGUGGAGACCAUGUGCCCCAAGGAGGCCAAGAACACUAGGACCUGCACACCUCGCUGCCCAGACAGAGCACAUCAUGUCUUUUGCCAAACUGCCUACUUCAACACACACAAUCAAGUGGGAGAACUGGAAUGUGAGAUCUAUCCACCAAGGAAUUUGGAGCCGCUGCUAGAAGGUGAGGCAGAACCUGUAUGCGGUCCCUUGUUCCACCAGAGUCCGGAAGCUUGCGUCUGCAAAGAGAGGCUGAAAAAGCCAGAGUUGUCUGUCCACCACAUUUGUCCCUUCCCGCUUAAGUGA